GAAGAAGAAGAAGGGUUUGGAGCACUGGAGGAGAAUGAGGAAGAAGAUGUGGAUUUGUUAAAAUACAUUUUUGUGAUUGACUCAAUGGUUCCCAUAAGCAGAGACAGUCGGGGAAAACAGUCCCACACCUCCACCCUGUCAUCAGCCAAUCCCAAACAAGCACCCAUUGUGACAGGACAGUUUCGAAGAGAAAAUGAACAAACUCAAUCCAUUCCUGACAUACAAUUAACUGAGUUGUCGGUACCAUCAUCACCUGAUGUGAAACACAUAAUCCAUCAAUAUGAAGAAAAUGUUAAGGGUAAACUCUGGCCUGCGCCCUCUGUCCGCUACGGUGUGUUUGGCCCCAUAACACAUCAGAACCUGAUUGGAGGCCCCUGUGUGCUAGGUCUUGGCCCCUGCGUGUUCCCUACCGGCACCAACGGCACCCUCCUUCUUUGGGAGGACCUGAGCCGCACGCUGGCCUUCGCCUGGGAGCUCCACGUCUAUGGCUCUGCUGGACUCUUCCUGAUGCUGUCCUGUGUGGCUGUGUUGGGAAUAGUUGGACGGUCUAAUAUGCUCCACCCCCUCUGUGAUGUCCUAACCCUGGCCAAUAGGCUGUUGCUGCUGACCGGGGCUCUGCGUGCUGUCCUCCUCCUCACUGACCCGUAUGGCACACGCCGGAUACUGUCUCGGCCCGUCCUCACUGCCCUCUAUAAUCUGCCUCUGCUGCUGCUGCUGUGGGCACAGGUUGCCCUUGCGAUGAUUCUGCUGUCCCCAGCGCUGCAGCGCCCUCGUGUGGUGGGAAGUCUGGCAGUCUUACACUGUACUCUGCUGCUGGCAGCCGACCUGCUCUCCCCAACGCUGUCCGCUGCCCUCCCUCUGGUGCUACAGAGCCUCUCUCUCUGCUGGGGCCUGCCACUCUGCCUGGGCAUUCUCACCCAGUCACUAUCCCACCUGCACCCCUUCUCCAAGACCCCCAUACACACGUGUGGGGCCCCUCAGAAGAUUGAGGAGCGGGCAAGACGUGUGAUGGCAGUGUGUGCCCUCCUGGGGGUGCUGUGCUCUGGCCUGCAGAUCUACAGCCUGCUCUGGCUCUAUGGGCUGCUGGGGGACUGGAGGCGCUUUGGCUGGGGCUGGUGGCUGGGGCAGUUCUGGGCCCGGGUGCUGGAGCUGUUAUGGGGCUUCUCUAUGCUGGUGCUGGGCUCCUGGGUGUUCUGGACCCCCCGGAGGAGCCGUGCCAGGAGCGAUCACGGCCAAGGGAGGCCAGAGGGAGCAUCGUUUUGGGACAGGGUGUGGAAAAUCCUGCGGAUAGGGCCUUUCAGGAAGUUUGAGAAAAACUGGGCAGAGCUCAUACCGAAAAACUGGGCGGAGCAGCAUCACUCGGGAGCAGACAGUGGCUCCAUACGGGUCUAUGACAAUCCCCCCACCACACACCGCUUGAGGGACACCAUGUCACCAUCUCAUCACAAGGGUGGAGAACCCACGACCAGCAGCAGCAGUGAUACCCACCUACUGUGGCAGCGGGUGGGGGAGUGCGAGUGCAUCCUCUCCGUCAUAGAGUGCAACAUGCGCCCCCAGUCGCCAAUCAACCUCAGCCGCAGCAUCGACAACACUCUCCACCGUGACAACGGACACCUGCUAGGGGUAGGCAGCCUCUUCACAGCCCCACCUCCUUCCACCUGGACCCACCAAGCUGGUGCUGACACCUCGCUGGGGGACAGUGCGAUCACACCCGCCUCUCUCACCUCUCUCACCUCUCCCACCUCUCAUGUUGGCUGUAGGUGGGAGGUGGAGGCUGGCUCCAGGCCUGCAACUUCUGAUCAUUUCAUAGCCAAGGAGCAGGCACAGCCUGAGGCAGAGCCAAAGUCGGAGCCACAGCCACAGCUACUGGAGGCUUCUGAUAACCAGAUCCUCCAGCCAUCUCCAACCCCUGAGCACCAGGAGGAGGUUCCAGACAAUUAUAUAUACAUGUCUAUUGUUCCAAACAAGGUGAAUAAGCCAGGGAUCACUCAGGAGGAUGAAGGGUCCAGUGUGGGCAGCAGGGAGGAUGUUACAGAUCUAUGAGCUGACCGUGAUGUCAUCAUCACCUCAUCCAAUGCCCAUGUCACUUCAUAUCAGUACAAAAGGACUUAGGUGGUUCCACACUGAACACUUGGCAGGGGAACAUCACCACUCAUCAGAAGUUUGAUAAAGUCAUAUAUAAGAUAUGAAAAU